ACUGCCCCCGCCUCCCCUAGCCGUCCCCCGCCCCCCCCACUGGCCCGCCGUGUUGGGCUGGUUCUGGGGAGAAGCUAUUAAUAGCAUGACGUCAGCCGGGGCCUGGCAGCCCGGAGUGGAACGGGCGCGCCUCCAGAGCUCGGGCUAUAAAGGGUGAUGCAACGCGCCGCCGGCCACGGCCGCACGCAGUCCGGCGCUCACUGCUGUCCCGCGCUCCGCGCCCCGCGCCGCGUCCCGCCGUCCCGGCUCCAGCGCGCCCGCGUCUCGGACCCUGGCCGCCCCGCGAGGACCCCGCAGCAAAAUGAUGCUCCAGCACCCAGGCCUAGUGACUGAGUCAGAAGUCAGUGCUGCGGCCGUUGUGCCAUGCCUGUCCCCACCAGGGUCACUGGUCUUCGAGGACUUCGCCAACCUGACCCCGUUCGUCAAGGAUGAGCUGCGGUUUGCCAUCCAGAACAAGCACCUGUACCACCGUGUGUCUUCCGUCCUCGACUCUGUCACAGCAGGCAGCGCCAGACCCUUUGACAUGUCACUCAGCAAAACUGAGGUGGUCCCGGAAGAGGAUGAGAGGAAGAAGAGGCGGAGGGAGAGGAACAAGAUUGCAGCUGCCAAAUGCCGGAACAAGAAGAAGGAAAAGACAGAGUGUCUGCAGAAGGAGUCUGAGAAGCUGGAGACCGUGAACGCGGAGCUGAAGGCGCAGAUCGAGGAGCUGAAGAACGAGAAGCAGCACCUGAUGUACAUGCUCAACCUGCACAGGCCCACCUGCAUCGUGCGCACGCAGCACGGCCGGACGCCCGAGGAUGAGCACAGCCUCUUCCUGCAGCACCUCACGGAGGGGGCACUGCAGAGCUGAGCUGCGGCGGGGGCCUCGGACUGCCCCUCCUCGCCUCUUCCCACAGCUACAGAGACCCUGCCCCGGGGCACGGCUCAGAGCCUAGCAGCCGAGAACCACGGGGACAGGGCCAAGAGGGGCCUCUUGCUCGGGUCCCCUCUUGCCCAAUUCCAGGCUGCUUUUGAACUCUCAGGAUGGUCCCCGGCCAGCCCUGCCCACCUUCUAGCAGAUUCUACAAGACCAGGGCUCCUGCCUUCGGACUCCUGCACCAGUGCCUAGAUCUCCUGGAGGAGCCCAGAGAGUGAGGACGGUGUUUUGCAAAGCCGAGGGCUGGCCGGGCAGGCUUCUGUCCACGUGCCCACGUGGCCCUCUGUGUGUUCUCGGCUCUGCUCCUGGCCAUAGGCUGACCCGGAUGAGCAAGAAGGACUUUCUGCCAGCAGGCAUGCCCUGGGCUCACCUCUGGUGUCACUGUGAUGUCCAGGCUAGCCGCGGCAAGGUUUUCCUGAAGGCUCCGAGUCAACUGAUCUGAGCCCUCUGCAGGGAAGCUCUUGGUAGCCAACUGACCCCAGAACUUCAGUGUGGCCGCUGUUUCGUUUCUGUUGGUCACUGCAUGGCCACAAAUGGCCACGGGCUGCUCGGGCUGAUAGUCAAAGUCCUUGGGGUGUUUCGUCCUACUCAGUAGUGUUGUCAUGGUUUCCUGUGAGAAGGAAUGUCACUUAUUUAUCUUAGAUUCCUGCCUUGUCGCGAUAAUAAAUAUCAAGAGCUGAGG